AGCCUUGCUCCACCUUUGGGCAGUACCGUAUAGGUCGCCUCUCUCAAAGCUUUCACCUGUCUCUAUUUUUCCUUAUCACUCUUUCUCUUCACAGUCUUACCAGACAUUUGCUGAGACUCGAGAUCUGCCACCAUGUUUGGCUUCAUUGCUGACGGCCUGACCGUCGCACUCACCGUCCUCUUCCCCGUCUUCGCUUCCUACAAAGCCCUCCACACAUCUGACCCGGCCGUCCUGGCACCAUGGCUGAUAUACUUCAUGGUCCUCAUGCUCUUCCACACCGUAGAAAACACCUUCGACUUCAUCCUCAGCUGGGUUCCCUUCUACUCAUGGCUCCGACUCUUCCUCCACGUCUACCUCAUCAUGCCCGGGUCCCAAGGCGCCACCUACCUCUACACCGAGCACAUUGAGCCGCUCCUGUACCACCACGAGCGGGAGAUUGACGACUUCAUCACGGACACGCACUCCAAGGCGAAGGCCGCGGGGCUCAUCUACGCCGAGAAAGCCGUCGAAUGGAUCAAAGUCAACGUGCUCGGCUUCGCGCCCAAGAAGCCGGACACCCCACCCGCCACAGGACAGACCUACGCGCAGAACUUCAUGAGCCGGUUUGCCAUGCCGUCCGCCCGCGGCGGCGACAACUUCACGAACCUUCUCUCGCAGGCUCUCAGCGGCGCCGGCGCAAUGUACGCCGGCAACCAGGGCGCUCAGGCAGCGGAGCUGAGCCGCGGCUCCACGCUUAUCCCAGAGAGCAUCCGCAACAACGACGACCGGAUGAGCUACGUCGCAAGCCAGCGGCAGCGACUGGAGACCCUCAUGCAGGCGUUCGACCGCGAGCAGGACAACCUAAGGACCGCAAGGGACAGCGGUAGCAGGUACUACGAGGGAGGAAGCAGCGGAGGACCCGGACUCUCGAGGAACAGGAGCGAAGGCGAGUUCGACAGGAUCGAGAGGGAUGAGAUCGGUUCCGACCGCCCCCCUUACCCGACUACUCCCCCCGCGCUGGGCAGGAGGACGAGCAGCGGGUGGAUGCCGUGGAACUGGCGCCAGGGACAGCCGAUUCCAGACGACCCGCUCGCGUACGGCAAAGAUCACAGCCAGUCUUCUUCUUCCCAGGGGAGGUCUACGGGGUACGAUGGAGGUCGCUAGACGUCGAUCAACAUGUUUC